AUGUUUAAUUUAAUUUUUACAUUUAUACUCCUCCUGUGUUAAACUGUGAAUACAAAGAAUAAAAUUUUAUUUCCUUAAAAUAGAUUUUAGAUUUUUCAAUAAAAAUGGGGAAGUUGUAACAAUUCAAGCUCUAUUCGACCACUUAUAAAUAAUUUUGAAUAACCAAUAUAGUUACCUAUUUCAUCUAACAAUCCACUUUGCCUACAUGAUUUAUUCUAAUUUAGUCUAUCUGAGCCAAUGAGUUUCUAUUAUUUUGUAUUCAACAGAACAAUAGAAUAUGAUGAUCUGUUGUUAAUAAUUAUUGAUGGCAAAAUUUAUUAUAUCACUUAAGAAACUGCCACUGAUAAUUUUGUACUUAUAAGACAUUAACGAUUUUGUAGUUCUAAUAGUAUUGAAUUUUAUUUGAUAUCAAAAACUAAAGAUUUGGGUUUAAAAAACUAUUUGAUUUUGAUUUCAGAAAAUUAAAAUUAGGGAGAAUAUAACUAAGUCUUAAGUUUAUCACAUUUAAUUAUUGGAGAAGAAUAUUAAAUUACAUAAUAUAAUUUAUAAACAAAGAAUUAGAAGAUAAAUAAUUCUAUUUUAAUUUAUGAAGGUUUAUUAUCCUUUGAAAACCUUGAAUCUGUAAGUUCAUGUUUAGAUUUUAAUGUUUUCAAUUUUUAUGAGUAAAUGAAGUGUAUUAAUAAUGAAAUUGAUGGUAAAAUUAGAUUUGUAUGUACGUUAGAUAUUAAUAAAAUUAAAGAUAUAAGUUAGAUUUAAGAUUUAAGUUUUCUUAUUUUAUCAUAAUACACAUUUCAGUUUUAUACACCUUGUUUCCCAUAGAUACCUGAUAAAUAUAUAAACUUUUAAACAAUUUAAUAAAUCUCUGAUAAUAAUUAUUCCUCGAUAGCUAAUCAUAUACAAGAAUAAAUAUUUGGUUAAUAACAUCAAAUUAAUAUAAAUUAUAACUAUACUAUUAAAUUUAGAUCUAAGAAUCAAGUUUAAAUAUCUUUAAAUCCAUAUGAGUCUAAAUAGUGUUUAUCAUAAUUUGAAGAAGCAUUUAUAACUAUAAAAAAUAGCUUAGGAGAAACAGUUAAGUGUGAUUUAUCUUAUGAUUAUAGUUGUCUACGUUAAAUAUAUUGUUCAUUCUUUGUAGAUUUAGAUUUUAAAGAUAAUGUUGGUUAUAUUUUUAAUCUGACAGCAAUUGUUAAAAGGCCUAAUAUGAAUUCUCCAAGUUAUUAAUUUUUUUUAGUUGAUAUAGUAUUAAAGGAUAGUGUUCCACCUUUAGAACCAGAUUAUAAUUUUACUUUUAUUGCUAUUCUUAUAAUUUUAUCCUUAAGUGCACCUAUAAUUUGUUUUUUGUUAUCCACUCUUAUACUUAAAGUACCCAUAUACGAUAGCUGGCUAAGAGAGAUCUAUAUUUACGAAUUGGAUGUUUUUAAAACUUGA